AUGAUUCUUCUCGUUCAUCCUCUUACCUUGCUGGUAUGGCUUUUCCCUCUCGUCGCGACUUGUCUCCCUUCUCCACGCCACUUCUCUGUCUUGAAACCUGCGUACUUUCUUCUCGCUGGCGACAGCACCACAGCAACACAGAGCGUAGGUGGAGGUGGCUGGGGCGAUGGCUUCUUGGACUCUACCUUGAGGGAAGGCUCCUCAGGUCGCAACUACGGACACAAUGGAGCCACGACUAAGAGUUUCCGAGAAGGCGGUGAUUGGGACCGCCUGAUCAAUGAGGCGAAGACAAAGACAGCCGACUAUACCGUCUAUGUGACCAUUCAGUUUGGACACAACGAUCAGAAGCCCACCUCGGGAGUAAACCUCACGCAGUACAGCCAUAAUCUUGAAGCGUUUGCUAGAGAAGUCUCGUCUAUUGGCGCUAUUCCUGUACGUUCCUGUUUUCAGUGCUGCUUGUUGCCAUGUGUCCCAACAACUGGUUUCCCANNGAUCCUUAUUACUUCAUUGACUCGCCGCAAAUACACCAACACAACUACACCUACCAUAAUCCAAGACCUCGCCGUCCAACGCAACCUCACCAUCGCUGCGGCCCGCAAAACACAUUCGAGGUUCAUUGAUCUCAACACUGCGUCGACGGGGUACUGCAAUGCCAUUGGUCCCGAAGCUGCUUGGAAGUAUAAUCUGAACCCAGCUGAUUAUACACAUCUGAAUGGGUGGGGGAGUGUGGUGUUUGGGAGGAUGGUUAGUGAUUUGAUGGCGAGGCGGUUUGAAGAUAUUGCGGCUGUGACGAAGAGGAAUGGGACGUUGAGUAGAGAAAUCUGGGAAGGAGUUGCUGCUUAG